AUGCAACACCUGCAAUGGACACCAACAUUCACCUGCGCACAUGCUGAUACGGCAACGCGCGCAGUAGGUGCUAUGAUACCCAAGAGCCUGUUCAGAGCAGGAGUUCCAAGCAGUAGAGCCGUCUAUCGUUCUCUGGGAUGGAGAUCGCUUAGCAGUUGCCCAGCACUGUACUCACAGUCCAGCUCGAACAAGAUCAACGUGGAAGAGUUACUUGCGACGCCGUCAUGGUCCGCCGCAUCACUACUGCCCUUUGAUCAGACAGCCUCCAGCACACCAGGAAUCACACCAAAGCAACUGCACCACCUCCUCCGUCUCUCCGCCCUGCCACCUCCCAGGGACCAAGAAGAAGAGGACAAGAUGCUCUCCACCCUGUCCUCCCAGCUUCACUUCGUCAAGGAUAUUCAGCAAGUCGACACCACUGGAGUCGAGCCACUCCGGAGUCUACGAGAUGAGACAGCGCAAGGAGAGAAAGAGGCUGAACUGGGCAUGGAUGCGUUGAAAGAGGCUCUAGACAGGGAAGAGAUCAGAGGCAAGCAUCACAAGCGCAUACGGAGGCGGCAAGAUCUAUUGCCGGAGAAGAGGGAAGAGAAAUGGGACGUCAUGGGGAGUGCGGCGAGGAAAGCUGGGAGGUAUUUCGUUGUGGAGGGUGGGAAGGACCGACGAGAUUGA